AGAGAGAAGGAGAGAGCGAGAGAGAAAUGAGCUGUCCAAGCUGAAAAGCAUUUCAUUUGACACCUGUUUUGGUCAGCUACUAAUCAGUGAUAAGACGAACAGCACCGACAGCUGAAGCUCAGUUGGGGAACGACAAUCGCGCUUGAAACAACGCAAUAUGAGAGCUGUUUCCGCUUCCGUCAGCAGUUGGGCUAUCAGCUGGCUGCCGCUGCUGCUGCUGCUGCUGUCUGUACUAAGCUUUGUUUACGCUGGCGUCUUUGAGAGUCUGAGUAUUAAUACACCAUUAACGCAUGAGAUCAUGCAGCAGGCCAAGUCCGCGGGCAUGCGCUCCUACAUAAACGGAAGCGUCAAGCCGUGCGAUGAUUUCUAUGGCUAUGCGUGCGGGAAUUUCGUCAGGAUCAAUCCGGCGACUCACGAGACGGUCAGCACGGACUUCUUUGAGGCACUCAAUGCUGGCUAUCAGCGGCGUCUGCGCGGACUGUUCCGGCAGCCCAAGCUGAGCACCGACAGCCCCACCGAGACGCGCGUGAAGUAUUUCUACGAAUCCUGCCUGAACACCAGUGCAAUGAAUCAUCUGAAUCAGCGCUCGCAUGUGCUCGGCAUACUCAAAGAGUUUGGCGGACUCCCCGCUCUUGAGGGCAGCGCCUGGAACGAGUCGAAUUUCGAGCCAAUCGAAAUGAUGGCGCGUCUGCUGAAUCGCUUUGGCAAGGAGACGCUGCUGAGCGUGCGCGUCGCUCCGGGCUUGGCCAACAGCCAGAUGAACCGUCUGUUCAUUGGCCAACGCGAUGAUCUGGACAGCAGCAAAGCCGUCGCCCUGCACCAGAGCAGUCAGCUGCUGCUGAAGCAAAAUCUGCAGCAUCUGCUAGGCCUCAGUGAGCAGAGGGCCGCGGAGACAGCUGCGGAAAUCGCAAAAGUCAAUCUGGAGCUGGCACACGGCAUCAUUGAGCCGCAGGAGGAGCAGCCGCCCAGCCAAAUGUAUCGCCUGCGCCUGCUGGCCGACAUGAGCGAGAGCUAUGGCCCCAAGCUCAAUGUUACGCGCCUCGUGCAGCUCUGGCUGAAUCAUGACUAUCAGCUGCCCGUUUACGAAUAUGUCGAGAGCUAUAUGUGGCAGGUGAAGAAGAUAUUGACCCAAACGCCCAAGCGCGUGCUGGCCAACUAUAUGCUCUCCACGCUGAUCAGCGAUUACGAGAUCGAGCCGGCCGCCAGCCUGGAGAAGCAACAUGUGCUGUGCGCGGAGACGACGACGCUGAUGUUUGCCGACUUCGUGGAUCACAUGGUGUAUCGCUCGCUGGAGAAACAGAAUCCGGAUAUACCGGGCAGCCUGCGGCAGCUGUGGCAGGAGCUGAAAGCGGCCUUUGACGAUUUGCUGCACGCGCCCAACACCAAAUGGCUAAGCGAACGGACCCUGAGUGAGGCCCAGGCCAAGCUCAAAGCCAUGACCUUUCACAUACUCGGCUCAGAGACGCACAACUUUGAGGACUACUACGGCAGCCUGGUGAUUAGCAAUGCGGACUACUUUGGCAACGUGCAGCGGCUGCUCGAGCUGCGUGCUCAGCACUUGCGCGAGGAUCUGCAGCGGCCACCCAAUCCCUAUUUCUAUGACGACUUUAGCACGUCGCCCUUCUACGUGGCGGAGCUGAAUCGUGUCGUCAUACCAGCCAGCUUUAUGCAGCAUCGCUACUUCUUCGACGAGGUCUACCCCAUGGCGCUCAAAUACGGCACCGUCGGCUUCUCAAUGGCCCACGAAAUGGCCCACGGCUUCGACGAUCUGUCGCGCACCUUUGAUAGCCACGGCAAUCUGCGCGACUGGUGGGAGCGCAAUGCCACCGAAGCGUUCGAGGAGCGCAAGCAGUGCCUGGUGGAGCAGUUCAGUGGCUACAGGUACAACGGCGCGAAGCUGCCCAAGCUGCAGUUGCAGUCCGAGAACAUAGCGGACAAUGCGGGCGUGCGCAUCGCCCAUGCCGCCUACCUCAACUGGCUGAGGCAGUCGACGCUGGACGGAGAGACGCUGCCUCGCAUGUCGCACACGCCGCAGCAGCUCUUCUUUCUGGCACUGGGCCAAAUUUGGUGUUCCGAUUUGCUGCCAGAGUGGCGUCACACGAUUGCCAUCAGCGAUGUGCACGCUCCGGAUGAGGUGAGACUCUACGCGAUGAUGGCCAACUUUGAUGCAUUCGCCAAGGCCUACGAGUGCCGGCCAGGCGCCCACAUGAAUCCCCUGCGAAAGUGCGUUAUCUACUGAGGCCGUCCUUCAACUGAUUAGAAGCUCUAUAUGUAUAAGCUGUCUGUACUUGAAAUAUACACUUGUCGUAUUCUCAUUUCCCAUUUCCGAGCUGUGCUCAUGCUUACACAGAUAGAUUAAUGCU